AUUUCGUCCGGAGCUAUCGGGACGGACCGGAGUCGGAGCAAAGAUUGCAGAAAUGAAGUGUCCGUACUGCUCGGCGGCGCAGGGGCGGUGCGCGACCACGAGCAGCGGCCGCUCCAUCACCGAGUGUGCCUCCUGCGGCCGCGUCGUCGAGGAGCGCCAGCAUCAUCCCUACCACCUGUUCCACCUCCGCGCCCAGGACACACCCCUCCCCCUCGUCACCUCCGACCUCCCCCAAACCCCUGCCCUAAACCUCUCCUCCGCCGCCGGCUACGAUGCCGAGGCCGACCCCUUCGAGCCCACGGGCUUCAUCACCGCCUUCUCCACCUGGUCACUCGAGCCCCGUCCUCUCUCCCUCCGCACCUCCAUCUCCUUCUCCGGCCACCUCGCCGAGCUCGAGCGGAUUCUGGAAACCUCCAAUCCUUCGGGGCCCUCGUCGUCGACGGUGGCGGUGGACAACCUCAGGGCCUACAUGCAGAUCGUCGACGUCGCGUCGAUUUUGGGCUUGGAUUACUACAUAUCGGAGCACGCCUUUAAACUUUUCAGGGAUUGCUGCUCGGCCACUUGCUUGCGGAACCGCAGCGUCGAGGCCCUCGCCACUGCCGCUCUCGUUCAGGCCAUCAGAGAGGCCCAAGAGCCCCGUACUCUGCAAGAAAUCUCUAUCGCGGCAAAUGUCCCGCAGAAAGAAAUUGGGAAGUAUAUCAAGAUACUGGGGGAGGCCCUUCAGUUAAGUCAGCCUAUUAAUAGCAACUCCAUCUCUGUCCACAUGCCCAGAUUUUGUUCUCUCCUCCAACUCAAUAAAUCAGCUCAGGUGCUAGCAACUCAUAUCGGAGAAGUUGUGAUCAACAAAUGCUUCUGCACAAGGAGGAACCCAAUAAGCAUCUCUGCAGCUGCCAUCUACCUCGCAUGCCAGCUCGAGGACAAGAGGAAGACUCAAGCUGAGAUCUGCAAAGUGACAGGCCUCACAGAGGUCACCCUCCGAAAGGUCUACAAGGAGCUGCUCGAGAACUGGGAUGACCUUCUGCCUGCUAAUUACACACCAGCCAUCCCCCCUGAGAAGGCUUUCCCGACCACUGCCAUCGCUUCCACUCGGUCGUCAUCCUCAGCACCAAAAACCGAGACAAUCGAUCUGACCUCUUCGGAUAAAGACAGUAAGCUGCCCGAGGCCAAACUGAGCAGACCUAACGAGGCCCCUGAAUUUAGCAGGACCAGAGAGGAUUCAGAAUCUAAAACUAGCUUAAGUGGGUCCCAGGCCACCACAUCGAAUCAGCCUCAGUUACAGGGUUUCCGCCAGCCUUGGCUUUCAUUUGGACCUUCAGGUGUCAAUCAUGCCGAAGGAAUGGAAAUAGAUGUCAAGGAGGUCGCAUUGAAGGGUAGAGAGUUCGACAAAGAGGAAAUGGACCUGAAGAGUGCUGCUAGUCCGCUCAAGUCGGGUCCCAGCGGGAAUUCAGUCCCGUGGCCAUUUCGGAACCCAGGUUCAUCGGGCUCACGUUGGAAUUCUCAGUUUCUCCAGCAAGCAAAGCUCGUGUCGGGUUAUCCUGAGGUGAAACAAGGUGAGAACCCGAACGAGGGUCGACACAGCAAUCAGUAGGGGGUGUUUGAGACAUGGGAAAUCGGGCAUUGUUUUAGCUCUGUACAGAUAUAAAUGAUGAUCUUGGCGUUCUCUUCGGUGUUUUUCUUCAUGGACCGGCUUGGUUAAAUCUGAUGUAAACCUUGUAAUAUGAGAAGUGAAAGCAUUAGUUCUUCAUUCCCUUGGAUAUGCUUAAUCAUGCGCCUUCUUGGUGCCUCCUGAUGAAAUCUUUUAUUUUACUACUCCUUCCCUUGGUGCGA